CUCCAUGGUGUAUACCCACAGAUCUUGCUCUCUAAAGGCUUGCUAAUGAGUGCGAAACAUACUGAAACCUUGAUUUCACGUUGUUGUCGGAUGUUUAUACAUCAGCACCGGGCCUUGCAGGGCAUUGGCAAGGGUUCCUAGGGGUCUCAGCCAGCCUCAGCAAUGGACGAGGAUGAAGGUAGUACGGGUUCCACGGAGCUGGGUGUUAGCCCGCUGUCCAGCGACACCCAGAUAAUCGUGUCCCAUUGAGCUUUUCAAAGAGAGUUCAGCGUACCGUCUAGCUGGAACAGCUAUCUGUUGAGCUGGCCCUCUACACGAUUCCCCUCCUUUACCACGACUUCCGCAACACCUAAUUGACUCGACCUCCUUCGGGGAACACGUUCACAAAACAAUCCACUGUCCUGCCGCCCAAUUCCCAACCGUCAGCCCCUCACUACCUUUUUGAGCGACUGACAGUCGAUGCAUCCAAUAUUUCGACUUGCGUCACGCCAAUCGCAGGGCCACUGACGCGGGCCCCAGUCCCCGCGGACCCAAACCCGCCCAGCCACAAGACCUAUCAGAAUCCUCCGUAAGCUUCAAGCUCCCCGCCAAUCCGCCCCAAAAGCUGGUCAGAUUGGACCCCUCAGGUCCAGGUUCCACCAAACGGACCCGUGCCCCCAAGCAACAGAUCUCGGACCACGACACCGGAAAUCUGGCUCCCCAAAUUCCCGCAGCGCCGUUGGUUCGUGAUGUUUUCUCACUCCUCCUUCGCUCCAAUUUUGCGUCCCCCAUGGUCGGUGAAUUGCGACAAGUUGCCCCCGACGCGAGAGGCAGGAAGCCUCCGAGCCGCCAGUCACGCUCCUGCAAGGUCUGCCGGGCCCGCAAGGUUAAGUGUGACCGAGUCAAACCCUGCCAUGCCUGUUGUGCUCAUGGCUAUCCAUCGAAAUGCGUAUAUGAGAAUGUGCCCGAAGAAGAGGCCCGCCCCAUCAGCCAAGCCGAGGAAAUCCGGAACCUUCGAUCGGAGAUUCGGGAACUCCGUGCUAGGAUAGACGAGAGGAACGAUGGGUCGCGUGUCCAGGAUCUCGAGCGACUGGACCAGCUUGAGAGCUUAUUUGAGUCUAUUCGAUCGGCCCCGCUUAGCGUAGUGGAUUCGCUGGUACGAGACAUUCGAACUGAACAGAGCGGGUUGAAGACAGAUCUGGUCAAGGUCGGUCCGUGGGAGGGUUACGAAGCUUACGAGAGAUAUGGCACUCCCGUCUCUGUCAUUCCUAUUCGCACGCGUUCAAGGAAUGGUAGUCCAGAGAGCAACUUUAAUGAUCCACUGCUUGGCGAUGACGAAGAUGGCGACUUUGGAGAUAUCAUUUCCAUAGGUGAAGGAUCAGAAUCAUCUAUUUCAUCCGGCGCAAUCUCUAUCAUGAACCUACAGCGACCGGCAGUCGAUGUCUUUGUGGAGCGCUUCGUGGAUGCCUUCGCGCCCGAAGUCGACUCUAGACAUGGUCGAGCAGGUGCUCUUCGUGCGGCUGCCGGGAUCCGGAUGUUCUCUCCCCUCAUCUCAGAUGCAUUCGAGGCGGUAUCUGUAGCCUUUUUUGGAAGAUCUAUCCAGAACAAGCAGAUUGAGGCGUCCGGUUUUCGCCUGUACCCCCGUGUCCUGCGGUCUUUACAGGAUGCCUUGAUUGACCCCGAGCGGUCCAAAGCAGAAUCUACAUUGGUCACAGUGAUUCUGCUACUUGCUUUUGAGAGCGUGGAACGUACAACCCAAAGCGGUGUCCCGGCUCAUGUUCGAGGUGCAGUGCGCUUGAUCGAACAUCGAGGCCCCGAGAACCACAUGUACGGUGUUGAGCAUCUCUUGUUUACGGAAUUACGACCAUACUGGAUUGGCGGUGCACUGGCGGCUCGCCAACCCUCGUUCCUAGCUCGUGAAGAAUGGAAGACUGUUCCCUGGGCGGCUGGAACGACCAAAAAGGAUAUUCUGCAUCACUUAAUUGAUAUUGCGACCGAGAUUCCCGGCCUGCUGGCACAGUCCGAUGCAUUCAAAGAAGCCCAAGCCACCCAGAGAAUGGGCGCACGGGAAAUGGCUGUCAAACAAGCGGCUCUGUGGAACGGUAUCGCCCAGUGCACGGUACAGUUCCAGCGGUGGUAUAUCGACUGGGUUGAAAGCUACCCCGACGGACCAAUCCAGGAACUCAAGCAGACGGGACAACAGGACUUCCCCAUCUUCAAACGGCGUAACUUGCGAACGGGCGAGAUCUAUGCACCAACCAUGCUCUCAUACCCGAAUCUUCUGCUGGCGCAGACUAUGUGUGUGUACUAUGCCGUCCGACUCAUCCUAUCGAGUAUCGACUCCCGCCCUCAGGACCGAGUGACACCCGCGGAGCAAUAUGAGUUUGGUUGCGGCAUCUGUCGGACCAUGGAGUACUAUAUUCUGACUGCACCGGGGAACAUGAUCAAUCGUCUUGCCUUCCCGACUCGAGUCGCCUGGGAGGCUUUCCCCGAUGGUGGCCCGGAGCGAGCGUUCAUGGUGGAAGUGUUGCAGCUGGUGGAACGACGCCACGCGCUGGGACUUUGGGGUAGUGCCAUGCCCGAGCUCUCGGUGCGGGAGAAUUCUCCCCUCAACAAUUCAGAACUGUAGUUGCUUUGGACGCCACGCUGAACCAGAUGAUACGUUCACGAAAUGUUACAUUGACUAGGAUCUAUUAUGUAAAUGACGAGAGAUAACUAUCCCUUGAGCGAGUUACGCAAUUGGCUGCAAAAUAAUGUACCCCUUUACUAUUCCUGAAC